UCUUGACUUUCAUGAUGCGAUAAACAGCGAAAGAAGCCAUUUUUCUCAGCCGACAACACAAAAAAGAGUCAUCACAGGGUGCAGAAGGAAGGGAAGUAGAAGGCCUUGAAAAAUGGGAAGCACAAAACCAUUCAAAGAAAAAUCUCUUUCCCUCACUAAGAGAAUUCUUCCCUUCUCUCUAUAUGCUCUUCUUCCCACAACUCUGCUUUGUAUAUACCUCUACCUUCUCUCCCUUACUUCACAUUCCAAAUCCACCACCAGCCUCACCUACCACCCUUCACUUACUUCUCCUACCCCUUCUACUUCCCCUCCUCCUCCUCCUUCUUCUUCUACAGAAAAGGAGAAAACCUAUCCUACCCCAUGUGACUACUCAAAUGGAGAUUGGGUCCGUGACACAGGAGGCCCUUUAUACAAUGCUACUACAUGUGGUAAAAUCAAAGAAAGUGAGAAAUGCAUCCCAAAUGGAAGGCCUGAUUCUGGAUAUCUUUAUUGGAGAUGGAAACCAAGUGAGUGCAAUCUUCCAAGGUUUGAACCCCACAGUUUUCUGCAACUCACUAAGAACAAGCAUGUAGCUUUUGUUGGGGACUCUUUGGCUAGGAACCAAUUGGAGUCCCUUCUUUGCAUGUUAUCCACAGUUUCAACCCCAAACCUUGUUUUUCGAAGUCCCAAUGACAAUAAAUUUCGUCGUUGGUACUUUCCUUCUCACAAUUCAAACUUCUCUUUGUAUUGGUCACCUUUUCUUGUACAAGGUGUUGAGAGAUCAAAUGAAGGGCCUUAUUAUAAUACAAUGUAUUUGGAUCGUGUUAAUGAGAGGUGGGAUAUGGAUUUGGAUCGGUUUGACUUUGACAUCGUUGUGGUUUCAUUUGGGCAUUGGUUUUUGCUUCCUUCGGUUUAUUAUGAGGGUGGUUCGGUUAUAGGUAGCUUAAACUGUCAUGAUCUUAAUUACACCCAGAUGGAUUUUUAUGUUCCAUUAAGGAAGGCUCUGAGGACUACUCUUAGUAGCAUAAUUGAGAGGAAAGAGGGUAAGGGAAAUGGUGGUGUUGAUGUAAUUGUGAAGACAUUUUCACCUGCUCAUUUUGAAGGUGAUUGGAACAAGGCUGGAACGUGUUCAAAGACUGAGCCUUAUAAGAAGGAGGAGAAGGAGCUUGGAGGAAUGGAUGCUGAGAUCAGAAAGAUUGAGAUUGAAGAAGUGGAGAAUGCAAAGGGAAAAGCCAAUGAAUUUAGAGGGUUAAGAUUUGAGGUACUUGAUGUGACCAAAUUGGCAUUGUUGAGACCAGAUGGACAUCCUGGUCCUUAUAUGAAUCCUUUUCCAUUUGCUAAAGGUGUUCCAGAAUAUGUGCAAAAUGAUUGUGUGCAUUGGUGCUUGCCAGGGCCUAUAGACACAUGGAAUGAGAUUUUUCUAGAGAUGAUCAAGAAGUGGGAGGAACAACCAAGAAGAGAAGUGUGAUGUACUUUUUAAUCUUUAUAUUGUUAAUUCAUUAUACUCUAAUCUUUUCGCCACGCUGGUGAUGGAUAGUAUAUUGCAUUAGAAAAGAUCAAUUUUUUUUGGUAAUAAUUAUAAAUUAUAGUUGAGGGGGAUGAUUAAUUCUGUUUAUUCUCUUUACGUUCUCUUCUUCCCUAAUGGGAAAAUGUCAUUACACAUCAUGUAUCAACGAGCUUCUCGGCUAUUAUUUUUAAGUUACCCAGUUUUAACAAAAUGUGCUAAUUUUUUUUAGUUUGAAAACAACUAAAAUCCAAGAUCUUAAAGUGCAGAAAGUUCGAUGUAUAGUAUUCUUGUAAAGUACGGUUGCUAUCCAUUAAAUUUGCCUCUUCAUGUCUAUAUGAAUGGGGAUAUCAACAUGCAAUACGACAGGAUCCAACUUAAAAUGACAACUACAAUAUUUAUGCGUGGGACAGGUUACACAAAUCGUCUUAGAAUAUCAAAUAUUUGACGUUUUCAAAUUUACGAUUAUUUCAGUGCUUCAAAUUACACAAAUUAACUUCCGCAAUUCCACUAUGUGCAGAUAAUGAUUGCAGUAUAACAUUACACUUACGUUUUGGGAACGACGAAGAUAGCAAACACAAGUACAUGAAUUUCCAAUUUUCCAAGCAUAUGCAUUAAUUAGUAUACACGACGCUAAGUAUAUGCGAGUGCGUGUAAAUUACUAAAUAUUUUCUUCUCCUUUUACAAAUUAGACAUAACCGUAAGCUCUUGAUAGUACAAUAUAUAAACUGAAGUGGAAUUGGCAUCGCCAAAAAAUGCAUGACAUACAAUUUACUAUGUCAAAUUGGAGAAACGAGGAAGAUGAGAAAUCAAGAAUGUUCUAAAUAACGAUAACAACAACAACGUACUUUUAAUUAAAAUUUAUUAAAAAAUAAAUAUAAAAAGAAGAAACAUUAAGUUAAAAGUGAAAAAAGUAGAACUUAUAUAAUUUUAUAAUUUUUAAUAAAUUUUAACUUGUUAUAAAUGUAUUAUUAACAUUAUUUAAAUAUCUUUUAUAGUUGAGGACUUCGCGGUUGAACUACUAUUUAUUUAUUAGGCUGCUAGUUUGCUACUAUUCCUGGGCCCUGAAUCUGAAUCAACAACGUGGACCAAACCAAUUUUUGGGUUUGGCUCUGGUUUUAUUUUGGGCUCUAAAAUUUUACCUUUUAGUAGUAUUGAGUUAAGCUAAGCAGCAUUAUAUA